GGAAAACCCGCACCGAUGACUGGGAGGACGUUGAGGGUGUUCCUGGUGUUCUUCCUCGCUCUCGUGUCCCUGUCGUUUCCGUGUCUGGCGCGGAGGCUCGAGGACGACGAGGACGAUUUCACGGUGAACGAGGCGACCGGCCUGUUGGAAAGUCCCUCGCGGCGACCGAGGGCUCUCGUUUUCCCCAAAGACUCCCAGCUUCUGCUGAUCCUGGGACUGGGAACGCCGUUGCAACUGGACCGCGAGAGCAUAAUCAUCGGUAUCUUCACCAAGAUCGUGUACAACCUGCCAUCGAACGCGACAGAUUUCACCGUUCCGGGAGUGUAUUACUCUCGAGCCCAGAAGAGCAGGUGGAGCGUUUACAAGGCGCUGGAAAGGGCGGCUGGCCUGUACGGAUUCGGUGGGAAGGCUUGCCUAUUGAAAGCCAUUUGCGAAGCUGCCUCCGCUCCUUUCGAUGGUACUCAUGGUUUGUUGGGACAGCUGUUGCACGUCUUUUUCAGGCCUUCGAGCACCGAGGAGCGGUACGACGAGUACGGGGAUCGAGAGUACAGCGCGGCCGAGCGUUUGGGCGAGCAGAUGUCGGCGGAAAACUGCCACGCCCUUUAUCCAGAAUGUCCGAGAAGUAUGCUCGACGUGUUCUCCACGGUGAUCACGUGAAAUCUACUCUGGAGGAGGACACGUUUCGUUCCGUUGGAAACCGAGCUCGAACGAUUUUUCUUGGAAGAAGACGAUCCUUUCUGAUCUGUGCGCGAUCGAAAUCGACGUUGCGAAUGAUAGAUGUUGCGGACAAAAGUUCUUUUAAGUUGAUAAUAUGAUUUACAAUCGUAUCACACUUCGUAAUUAACCUCACAAUUGUUGGCUUGUUCGGAAAGUAAUUUCGUUUUUUCACGCGAGUGUCGCUAGUCGCGAACGUUUAUCCAGCCAACUUCAUUCCGAACCGUGUUGUUUGUUAUAUAUUUUGAGAGUUGGUGUUUCGUGGUUUGAAUUUAGAAGAAAAAUUCGUUUGAUUCUACGCGAUUGUGCUUUUCGUGCGUGAUGACAAAGGUGAGCAUUUUCGAUAUAUUUCACUUUUUUAUUAUAUACCGAAAAGGUAAGAAUGCCGUUCAGGCAAGAAAAAAGUUACGCGAAGUCUAUGGAGAAGGUGUCACUAAUGAUACAAUACGGUCGGUGUCAAAACUGGUUUUCAAAAUUUCGAUAUUAAAGAUGCGCCAC